CCACAGACUUUGAGGCGUGCGCAUGCGCAGAAGUUCUCCGCUGUCAAACAGUCAUCGCCAGCAGUCGCGAAGGAAACUCCUCCCUGCUGGCAACAAGCUCUCUUAGCGCAAUGGUCUCGUGGAUUAUUUCCAGGCUUGUGGUGCUCAUAUUCGGGACCCUGUACCCCGCAUACUCGUCAUAUAAAGCUGUCAAAUCGAAAGAUGUGAGAGAAUAUGUCAAAUGGAUGAUGUAUUGGAUAAUAUUUGCACUGUUCACAACAGCUGAAGUGAUCACAGAUUUAUUCUUGUGCUGGCUCCCAUUUUACUAUGAGCUCAAAAUUGCUUUCAUGGUGUGGUUACUCUCACCGUACACAAAGGGAUCCAGUGUGCUUUAUAGGAAGUUCGUCCACCCGACAUUGUCCUCUAAAGAAAAGGACAUUGAUGAUUACCUGUGCCAAGCAAAGGACAAAAGUUAUGACACCCUGAUGCACUUUGGAAGGAAAAGCCUGAAUGUGGCGGCUACAGCUGCUGUGAUGGCUGCCACUAAGGGCCAGGGCGUGCUAUCAGAUCGUCUCCGGAGUUUCAGCAUGCAUGACCUGACCACCAUAGACUCAGAUGGUCAGGGAAAGAGUUCUGCCUCAGUCACCACUCAGCCUGUGUUGGGUCAGCACAGAGCUCGCGCCAUGAUGCGCAGCAAAUCAGACGCGGCCUACAGCAAGAGCCCCGAGUUUGACAUAACAGAGUUUGAGAUGUUGAAUGUGGAGCAGUUUGAUUCUCUGGAGCCUUCUUCCCCUCUGAUCCUCAAACCCACUCCAAUGCCAAGAUCCAUCAGUAAUCCAAGCCAGCCUCUUUCACCCCCUGAGCCUACACAGGACCAAACUGUACCCCCUCCAUCUGAGGCCCCAGAGGUGCCCAAGGACAGUGAAAAAGAGGUGGGCAUCCCGGUUCACCUCGGACUGCUUAAAAGACGUGCCCCAGAGCCUCCUCCUAGAGCUUUAAGACCUGUCACCAGAUCCAGAUCCAAGAACACCCUAUCAGCAAACCCUGAGGCCAUGUGACUGUGCAUAUGCUGUGAGACUGCUUUAGCUGCCUUAGCUGCAACAUGAGGACACAGGAAAAGAGGAGACAGAGAGGUGUGUGUGUGCGAAUGUGUGGGGUUUGGGAGGGGGGAGGGAUGGGGGGACGCAGACAAAAGAUCAAAUAUUUAAAGCAGCCUCGUUCUCGGACGAGGUAACCAAAGCGGCGUGCGACCUUAUAGCUUCUGAUCUUUGACACCUGAGGGGGGAGGUUUCUACCGAGGUAGCACAUGUAUGUGGCGCCAUUUGAAGACUCUUAACCACUUAACAGUUUGUGUUGUACAUAGUUACUGUAUGUGAAGAGUGUAUGUUUGCUUCCUUUUGUUUGUAUGACUUUGGGAGAGACAGAAGCAUGCAUGUCCCUCUGUUGGUCUAACACAAGAGCAGCAUUUGUCUCUGAGCACCUGUAGGCAUUGUACAGUAGCCACGACGCUCACUGUUGGAGGCACUGCGACGACUCUUCGGUGGACUACUUUAAGGCUUUGUGCCGUUCAAUGCACUCAUCCGGAGCACAAGUGGACACGACACCGUCGUCCUCUCUGGAUACGUAGCCCAUUGAUAAUGUCGCUCCACUAAAACUGACGAAACUCUGUCAGGUUGGAACGUCUCAGAGUUUUGGGCAGACUGAUUUGUGCAGUUUAUUUACAAAAGAGAGAGUGACUUUUACAUGCAGGCUUGUAAUUCCACCAAAAAAAAUUGUAUGGCAAUGAAGAUAUUAAUCAUGUUUAUUUAAAGAUAUUUACAGGACAAAUGUGCAAUGAUGUUAGAAUUCAGUUGACUCUGUGAAAGAAUAGAUUGAACCUGAGCCACACUGAAGACAUUUCACCCCUAACUGAUGUUUUUUUUAUUCAUGCUGUUGUCAGAUCAUGUGAUCAUCCAUCACAAAAGAAAGAAAGACAAAUGAGAACAUACCCGAACGGUGAUUUGCAGUGAUUUAUCCAAGGAAAUAUUUCAUACUCUUGAAGAUUUUGAGUAGCAUUCUUUAGUAGCAACUCUGAAUUUCACAACAAGCAGAAUCGUUUGAAUCUUUAUUUAUCAUUUUAACCUUUUGGUUUAGAGUGAAUAUUGUUUAUAUUGUUUGUAAUAUAUUCGUUUCUGGUCUGUCUUUUAGAUUCGGUAACGUUAUAUCAGUUUAAAGAAUUUGAGUUCAUGUUACACUUCUCUUAACUUGCAUGAAAUCAAACAAAAUGUUGACAAUCUGAAUGUUUUUUUUGUACUUCUUCAUACCAGUCCAGAGUCAUCAGUAUUACUGCAUUUCUGUGUACUACAUUGUGUCCCAAAAGUCUCCAUAUACACAAGGGACGCCAGUUGAGCCUUUGUCAGCAGAUGUUCAUGAAUGUCCACGUCUUAUUCAGGCUGCAACUCUCCCAGUCUUUAUAUGUGUAUGUGUGUGUGAUGUGCCCCUUAGGAUUCCUGUUAAAUCCAUCACAAGCUUGCGAAAGCUUCGUGAUCCAGUCAUGAGAAUAAUUUCAGUUUUAUUCCUUUGCCCUUCUAUUUUAUGGCAUUAGCAAGACACCCUUAUCCAAGGUGAAUUAUAUUUCUUGCAGUUGUACAACUAAGCAACUAAGGGCCUUGCUCAAGGGCCCAGCAGUGGUCCUGAGAUUUGAGAUUUCACAACCUUCCUAUCAGUAAGCCAACAUCUUAAACACUCGGCUAAGACAUUUUGCAGAAGGAGACUUUUGGGACACCAUGUAGUACUUGAUUAAGCACUGUUAAGAAUUAUACCACUGUGUGCUCUAUAACACACAUUAGAUGAAGAAUGUGGCACUUUAUUCACCGAGCGUAGAUUAGUUUUGUUCUCACAGAUAUCGCCGUACGGGGGUGUUAUUAGCCCCUUAAAUUCAGAACACUGUGGAGUCAGACUGCUAAUCUUCACCCCACAUAGCAGACGGGUCUGGGCCAGAUCUGGCAUUAAGCCGCCACUGCUGGCUGAGUGCUGGCAUGGCAAGUGGUAUAUCAACCAGAUGCGGACCAGGUCUGGCAGAGAUGGCACUGUUUAUAUGAUGGCAUGCCAGAUGUGUCCCGGUUAUGGUUUGGUUUAUGUGGUACGGCCCAGUGUUGGCCCACGUCUGGCCCACCUCUGGCAAACCAGACAUGGGCCACCAAAGGGCCGUCAUUCUUUGUGGUACGUGGGCCGAGUGUAAGUGCAUUGUCUGGGCCAGAUCUGGGCCAAACCUAUUUUGCUAUCUGGGACUGAGCAAUUCAAACUGGUCACAACAUAAUAUCAUGUCACUGCUUAAUAAAAACAAAAAAGGAUUAUAGGUGGCAAAAUUCUCACUAACGCUGAUGUACUGAACUGUGUGGCUGUAACUGUUUCCAUGUUAGUAAAAACGUUCUCAGAGAGAGUCGGUCAGGCUGGAAAUAUGAUGACAAUCUUAUUUCACUUAUCCUCUAACCUCUUAUCAGGUAGCAAAAGCCCAUAUAGUCUCACAGUGACCGUUCUGUUUGUUUUUAUAAUAUAUAUCUUUCUCAGGUACAGCUUUGUUACAUCUUAUCACAUUUAAUCAAACUUUAAGCAUCAAAUAUUAAAGAACAAACGUAAUGCAGAAGAACGCAAUCUCAGAGUACUAAAUGCUGAGACCUGAGUUGCGAUAGAUUCGAUUGCUUAGACCAGAUCAUUCAGCAUUAUACUUCCUCACUUAACAUUUUGACUUUUAAAGAAGUAAGUAGGAACCGUGCAUGAAAUAUAUCAUUCUCUCAUCCUGUACAUGUAACCGUUCAAGUGCUCUGUGUGGAUCAUUGUCACGAUGCUACAUUCAUUAACACUAGUGCUAGAUUUUGUUGAACGUUGUUUCAGGAGUUAGUUAUUAAAGGCACAUAUCCUAAAAAAAAACAGGCUAACUGAAACAUUAGCAUCUGGAUUAACCUUCAAGUUUGAAUUCUUUCAUGUCCUAAAGAUUAUUUUUUAAUUCAUUAUUAAGACUGUUCAGUGUGAAAAUAUUUCUGCUUUGCUUUUUUUUUUUUACACAGAAAAAUGUAGUCAUGAUUCAAGUAAAGAAUGUGCCUUUAAAAACUAAGAGUUAUUAUUGCUUUUUUUCCCCUUUUGGAAUAUUUCUUACUUUGAAAUGAUGUUAAUUUGUAUUCAUUUGUUUGUUCAAACUCCUUUGGAAGAGGGAGAAAUAAAGACAAUGUAGCUAGGGAUGGACUUCAUAAGGGUGACUAAACCUUUGCUUUCCUGCUAAUGAACACCACAGCACAGCUUGCAGCCCCUCAGUUACAAAUAUAUUUCAGAAAAACACAGCUCUCAUGUCUGGCAGGCCAGAAAACUCUCUCUUCCACGGUCGAAUAAUGUGGAAAAAGAAACGGAUACAGUCAGAUCUCUGUCACGAACCCUUCAUAUGGAUCUGAAGGUGCGUCACCGUCAGUUAUUAAAAAGGGAGACAGAACACCAA